UUGCAUAAAAACGGUUUCAUAAAACUAAAAUGGCAUUCUCUCCCAAAGAAUUCAGGCAUUUCAGACUCGACAAAAUAGAACGCGUCAAUCAUAACGUCAACUUAUUCCGUUUCAGCCUUCCCAAUGAAACAGAUGUUGCUGGAUUACCCGUUGCAUCAUGUGUUAUGUUUCGUGCUAAUGUCGAGAAAGAAGACGGUCAAUUAGAAGAAGUGAUUCGUCCCUAUACACCUGUCAAUUUAGAAGAGGAACGAGGAUUCGUCGAGUUCAUGAUUAAGUACUAUCCUAAAGGCAAUAUGAGUAAACAUGUGCAUAAUUUGAAAGUAGGCGAUACAUUAGAGAUAAAAGGUCCUUUUGAAAAGUAUAAUUGGGAUCAAAAGACAGUCCAGCACGUUGGCAUGCUUGCAGGCGGUACUGGAAUUACACCUAUGCUUCAAUUGUUACGUAAAAAUCUCAAUCCCAAAGCAAAAGAUCAGACAUCUCAUUGGACACUUAUCUUUGCCAAUAUUACCGAAGAGGACAUUAUCCUCAAGAAAGAAUUGGAUCGUUUGGCCAAAGAAUACCCUCAUCGUUUCAAGGUACACUAUGUGUUGGAAAGGCCACCCGCUACUGAAGACGAAGGUGCAAGCAAGUACCAUGCCGGUUAUAUUUCUGCUGAAUUGUUAGAAAAGACUAUGCCUAAGCCUGAUGUGGAAUCUUCCAUCAUCUUUGUCUGUGGUCCACCUCCUUUCAUGGAAGCUAUGAGUGGUGACAAAAACCCAGACAAGAGUCAAGGUGAACUUAGAGGAUACUUGAAAGAUUUGGGUUAUACAUCUGAACGUGUUUAUAAGCUCUAAGCAAUGAAGCUGUUCAAAUUUGAUUUGGAAAAAAGAGAAAGACCUUAUUGAGAUAAAACAGAUGGGCUAAUUUGAGAGAUUUAUCUCAUGUAGCUUCUUCACACAAUGAGAUUGACUUUAAUAAAACAGAGUUUUUGUACAAAAAGAGUUGAACGUAGAAGGGGGAAUAAUAAAAAAAUCCUUUUUUUUUUUUU